AUGGAUGCUGCACCAGGAACAAGCAGUGGAACGCAAAAGAAAGGUAGGAAAUCUAGGAAAGCAGAAGAGAUCGCCAUGAUUCACGAUCUGUAUCGUGGGGUCAAGCUCACUCCAUCCAAGAUUCCCGACGUUGUUGAAGCCUUUUCAGGGUCUUCUGAUGAUGAAUUUGAGGCUGACGAACCUGAAAAUGAUGUGUUAUAUGAGGUUUCCACAACUGAUGAUGAUAUUUCGAGUGAGAGUGAGGAUGAGAGUGAAGAAGAAGCCCCUGCCCCGCCACGCGGAAACCGCACGUGUCCGGUACCAAAGAGGGCUAGGCUGGGUGAUGACUGGAAUCGUAGCAAUACUCCUCCCAUCGUUGAUGACUUUUCUGCAAACCCUGGCCUAACAAUUCCACUACCUACUACUCCAUUGCAGUUUUUACAACUGUUUUUCACUAGAGCAGUGGUUGAAUACUUAGCGUAUGAAACCAAUUUGCAUGCCACACACAUCAUACAUCUCAUGGCUGACUCAGCAAGAAACACGUGGAAACCAGUGUCUGUGAAAGAAAUGGCCCGAUAUUUGGCCCUGUGCAUACUGAUGGGCAUAGUGAAGAUGCCUACAAUGAGGAUGUACUGGCAGACGAAUCAGAUGUGGCAUUGUCGCUUCUUCAACUUGUUUAUGUCGUCUGCUCGUUUCCAACACAUUUCUAAGUUCUUCCACAUGUAUAACAAAAAAGGCGUUCCAGUGAAUAAUAGUGACCGACUGAUAAAAGUGAGACCACUAAUGGACUAUUUUUCAGAAAAAUUUGCAUCUGUAUAUAUCCCCAAAAAAGAUGAGGGUACAAUGGCAUGUGGAAACCGUGAUGGGGUUGAUGGCGCCCCUAGUCAACAAGGGUUAUCAUCUGUAUAUGGAUAA